UGAGAACUCCUCAGCUGUAGGGAAUCGGCCUGGCUCUGCCCUGUUGGCCAUGAGUGAGCUCUCAUCGUGGACCCACCGGGGGUCCCCGGAACUCCAAGCAAACAGCAGCUCCCAGGGGGCUCCAGAGGAGGUUCCUGCAGCUACCUCCCAGCCCCGCCACAGCCUGGGCGUUCUCCAUGCCUCCUACAGUGUCAGCGACCACAUCAGGCCCUGGUGGGACCUCACCUCCUGCCGGCAGCAGUGGGACAGGCAGAUCCUCAAAGAUGUCUCCUUGUACAUCGAGAGCGGGCAGAUGAUGUGCAUCUUGGGGAGCUCAGGCUCGGGGAAAACCACGUUGCUGGACGCCAUGUCCGGGCGGCUGCGGCGCACGGGGACCUUCCUGGGCGAGGUGUGCGUGAACGGGCGCGCGCUGCGGCGGGACCACUUCCAGGACUGCUUCUCCUACGUCCUGCAGAGCGACACUCUGCUGAGCAACCUCACGGUGCGGGAGACCCUGCGCUACACGGCGCUGCUGGCCAUCCGCCGUGGCUCCCGGGGCUUCUUCCAGAAGAAGGUGGAGGCAGUGAUGGCAGAGCUGAGUCUGAGCCACGUGGCAGAUCAGAUGAUUGGCAACUACAACUCGGGGGGCAUUUCCAGUGGGGAGCGGCGCCGAGUCUCCAUCGCAGCCCAGCUCCUCCAGGAUCCCAAGAUCAUGCUGCUUGAUGAGCCAACCACAGGCCUGGACUGCAUGACUGCCAAUCAGAUCGUCGUCCUCCUCUCAGAGCUGGCUCACAGGGACCGCAUCGUGAUCCUCACCAUCCACCAACCCCGCUCCGAGCUCUUCCAGCUCUUUGACAAAAUCGCCAUCCUGAGCCACGGGGAGCUGGUGUUCUGCGGCACACCCGCAGAAAUGCUUGACUUCUUCAAUGGCUGCAACUACCCUUGUCCUGAGCACUCUAACCCCUUUGACUUUUACAUGGACCUGACAUCAGUGGACACCCAAAGCAAAGAGCGGGAGAUAGAAACCUACAAGAGAGUCCAAAUGAUUGAAUCUGCCUAUAAGGAGUCAGCAAUUUAUCACACAACUCUGGAGAAUAUUGAAAGAACUAAACAGCUGAAGACGCUGCCAAUGAUUCCUUUCAAAACCAACGAUUCUCCCGGGGCUCUCUGUAAACUCGCCGUUCUCCUGAGGAGAGUGACGAGAAACUUACUGAGAAAUAAGGUGGCAGUGGCUAUGCGGCUCACCCAGAACCUGGUCAUGGGGUUGUUCAUCAUUUUCUUCCUUCUGCGGGUCCAGAACGAUGUCCUAAAGGGUGCCGUCCAGGACCGAGUGGGCCUCAUGUACCAGUGUCUGGGCGCCACCCCCUACACAGGCAUGCUCAACGCUGUGACUUUGUUCCCGGUGCUGCGAGCUGUCAGCGACCAGGAGAGUCAGGAUGGCCUGUACCAGAAGUGGCAGAUGCUGCUGGCCUACGUGCUACACGCCCUCCCCUUCAGUGUCCUUGGCAUCCUACUUUUCAGCAGUGUCUUCUACUGGACUCUGGGCUUGUACCCCGAGGCCAGCAGAUUUGGAUACUUCUCUGCCGCUCUCUUGGCCCCACACUUAGUCGGUGAAUUUCUAACGCUCGUGCUACUUGGUAUCGUCCAAAACCCCAAUGUGGUCAACAGUGCCGUGGCUCUGCUGAGCAUCGCCGGAGUCCUGGUUGGAUCUGGAUUCAUGAGAAACAUGGAAGAAAUGCCCAUUCCUUUUAAAAUCUUCAGUUAUUUCACAUUCCAAAAAUAUUCCUCUGAGAUCCUGAUAGUCAAUGAGUUCUAUGGACUUAACUUCACUUGUGGCAGCCCUAAUAGUUCUGUGACAGCCAAUCCGAUGUGCACCUUCACUCAAGGAAUUCAGUUCAUUGAGAGAACCUGCCCGGGCGCAACAUCCAGAUUCACGGAAAACUUCCUGAUUUUGUAUGCAUUUGUCCCCGUUCUUGUCAUCCUCGGAAUAGUUGUUUUUAAGAUAAGGGACCACUACAUUAGCAGAUAGCAUGAACCAUCGCUGCAAAAAUGGAACAUCCGCGCCUGGAUCUGCCUGCCUCUGGGAAUGUCAGGAAAAGUAAUGCCGCGGGUCCCUCUCCCGAGGCUGGAGUGCGAGUCUUUGAACCCUGACAACUCCGCGCCCACAGACCCGUGCCAGCGUGGGGGGUGAUGGGAGUGGCUCCCAGGGCCUGGUGAUCCCAAGGCGUGGGGCCUUGUGCCAUAUGGAAGCCGGGAUAGAGUCGGUCCAACCAUGUAACUACCAAUAAUUCACAGACGUAUGAGGCCUGGUAUCAACUAUUGUUUUCCUUGUUCUAGGCUUAGAAAGUAGGUUAUUAAAAAAAGUAUGCAUAGUAUUCA